AUGAGCGGUCCGGUGCCAGCUCCGUCGGUGGAGGCCCGACAAGGGUAUGGCGCAUUUGCGUCCUCAACGUCUUCCCAGCAGAAGAACCUCUCGCGUCGAGGAACGGAGCUCAUGGCUGAAGAGGCGACUGAAGCAGUGCACACUCGACCAGGCAGUCCCGACAGACGUCGAUUCUCCUCCACCUCCCAACUCUCUGGCGUCGACGCCGGCGAUCACGAACCAUCGCCGACAGGGGCGGCUCGACGGAGUCGUCGAGGUCUCUCGCUUUCCAGACUCGGCGGGCGUCACGCUAUUCUUCCAGACAGGCGUCUCGGGCUUCGACUGCUGUCUGUGUUUAUCACCGUCAGCUUGGGCAUCUAUCUCACCAAAUAUGCUUUUCGCUGCAUCUUGCCGUCUCGACUUGCUGGCCAGAGUUCGGAAACAGCCUCCUCUGGCCUACACGAGGGGAGGCCUAUUUUCCCGCUCUCUGUUUCAAUUUCGUCGGCAACUCGACAUGCGCGCCGUCUGGCGGCAGCGGAUGGGAAUGGCGGCAGCGGUGAAUCUCAGAAGGAUACAGAAUCCAGUGAAGAGAUCAAGGGCUCUUUCUGCGAGUCCCCAGGAGAGAGCGGAGCUGUGAGUGCCGGGCUGUUGGCGAGUUCGGGUGAAAAUGACCAAGGGAGGGAAGCCACAACCGGAGGCGCACGGGCGCCUGCAGUAGGGACGACUUCCUACGUCUUGGGAGUGGGAGGCUGGGGGGGUGACCCGCCAGGAGACCAUCACGGUGGACACUCAGGCGCGACGCCACUCACCAAUGGCCAGUUUGCGGGGGAAGGUUUCCCACCGGGCUCCGCAUCGGGAGAGGCGGCGGCGCUUCGGCAGUUAGCUAGCCAAGUGAUGAAUGCUGCAGCCAGCGCGUCGGUUUUAUUGCCAAAUACGCGCCACAGUACAGCACGCGUACGGCGAGCACUCCAGCUGAUGUCGGAGGCCUACAGCGUGCUAGUGGAAGAGGCGAGCUCGCUGGACGCGCCAUCUGUCGGAGAGCGCGUAGCCAAACCACCCCGUAGUGCCGCGGGGCCCGAUGAGGCGAGCCCUAGGGGCAUUGGCCACCAGGCAGCAGGCGAUGCUUUUCUCACUCCAGAGCACCAGUCAAACGCUAAAUCCACGUUGACCAGUGGCGGGGCCGCCAGCGCUCUGCCAAGCAUGCAAUCGCCUCCCCACCCACCCCGGCGUUCCUUCGUCUCUGGAUUCAACACCUGGUAUGGGGCAGGAUCGAGGCUAGGAACAAUUUUCGAAUCAGGUAAUUCCGAGCAACAGACCGAAGGCGAUGAAGACGACGAUUGGGUGCAGAGCAGGAGCGCGUUCUUCAAGAUAGGCACGAGCGGCGGAGAAGAUGAACAAGACAACUCUUCGCUGGAGGAGGCGCUGUCUGUCCUGCGAGGAGAGGAGGACUCCGAAGGAGGAUGGAAUCCGUUCUCGUCGGCAAUAAGCACCAGUUCGGCAUGGGACACGUUUUUGACACAACAGCGUGGUGAACAAGAGACAGCAACACAAGACGGCGGCGCGACUGGAGACUGGGGAAACAGACCGACAUACAGUGCGGUCCUGCAGCGUCCCUCGCGGUCGACAUCGGAGCCGCCGCCGAGUAGAUCCUCGAGGGGAUCGGUCUCGGUAAAAAUACUGCAUGGCCGAGAUCGAGCAGGAGGGUUGCAAGGCCGGGCACCUUCGAGCCAGCGUCGACAGACGUCAGUCGAGCGAGGCAACCAACCCAGCGGGCCUGGCUUUCCUGGCAGGAGACCCACCAACCGUUUCCAAAGCAUAGAUCGGACCGCGGGAGGCAGGCGAGGAGGGUGGAGGACAGACGGUCUGUCAAGGCAUGCACCGAGUACGCCGGCAGGGGAGAGGAAACCGGGGCUAGGCGGCGCGGGGAAGACCCGGCAGCGGGGUACAGGUCAGGGCGGGAGCGGUCCAGGGUCUGAGAAAGGAGGUGGAGGCGAAUCGUCGAAGGAUGUGGAAAGACGUGGUGGGGAUUCGGGGCAAACGGGCGGGAGUGGAGGGGCAAUUGGAGGUUCCGGCGGGGGCGGACGACGGCCGGGCGACGACGACAAAGACGAUGAGAAGAGGAAGAAAGGGACGGGAUCGUCGAGUGGAGGAGGGGACAGGAAACAACAGGGGAAGAAGAAGGAGGAAGCAGAGAAGAAGGAGAGGGAGAGGAAGGAGACGGAGAGGAAGGAGACGGAGAGGAAGGAGACGGAGAGGAAGGAGAAGGAAGAUCGAAAGAGGAAGGAGGCAGGCGAUCAACGUGGGAGUCGAGGAGUGAGCAGCGAAGCAGAACGAUCGAGUGCGGAGAAAGGAAGGAAGAAGACGGCCAAAAAAGGGGCGGAUAAGCAAACCACGAGAACCGAUGGAGGAGGCGAGGAGGCUGCCAGUCAGACCAGUACGGCGACGGAGAGUGAGAAGCGAGAUGUUGAAAAACCGAAAGACGAAGACACACGCAUGGAAGGAGACAGCAAAGGUGGUGCACCCAUAUUGUCACUUGAGGAGACUGGGAGUGGCGAAGGCGGACAGCAUGGGGCGGACGGUACUGCAACCGGUUCCGACGACGGCGAUCAGGACCAGCCUCCGGCGCCAGCCUCCGAGAAAGACGAGAGCAAACAGAAAAAGAGCGGUGCGGGAAAACGGAAGCAGAAAAAGACUGGUGGAAAGCAGGGACGGCAGACGAAAGGCGGAGACGGUGAGCCGUCAGCUGGCGCCUCGGAAGCCGGAGCUGCGGCGACAGUGCGAUCAGUCCCGGGGGGAGACGCCCCUGAUGGAGACGGAAAACAUGUAGACAAACAGGGAGACGGCGACGCGCAGGCCGGCGCCGAGGGAACGGCGGGAGCGCCAGGGCAGCAGAGUGAACAAGAUGAGGGGGCUGAAGAGGCGGGUGAGCAGAAGACCGUCGCUGGGGCUGACGAGGCGACUGAUGAGGCGGCGGCAAAGAGGGAGGCAGAGCGAACAGGAGCUCGGCCCAAGGUGCCUUCGACAAAGUCCAAAAAGAAACCGAAGAAGAAAGGUCAGAAGGAGGAACAGCCGGAGUCGGAACCUCCAGCACCUGUCCCUGAAGAGGACACAACGCCGGCCCGCGGCAGAACCAGGCAUCGCACACAUUGGGCGGCUACAGGGGCGGGAGCAGAGGGUGGCAAGAAGGCUUCAAAACCUGCUGCUCGGUCUGCUGACGGCGGGAGAGAACAGGAUGGUGGAGCGGCUGGUGGGGUCUCAGGAAAGUUGCCGAGGGGCCCCGGAGCGAAGGCGUCGCCUUCCCCAACUGUGGAUUUCGACGCCAUUGCGGCGAAGUUGAAAGCAAAACUGCUGUCCGUGCUGUCUCAAUAUGAGGAGAAGCGGAAGAGGUUAGAGGGUACCCCUGGACUACAACAGGUUUUGGACAGUGCUUACCAGCAUAAGCUUUCGGAAGAAUGUGUGGAACCGAAAUAUUACCAUGGCCUCUCUACGGCUGUCUUGCUGGAGACCGAAACCACCUACAGACUGGAUAUUUUGUUGGAGGUUGCAUUCAAGUUCCACGACAUGGAGGUGAAACGGAGAAAAGCAGAGAUUCGCGUGGCGCGCGGUUCCAGGGGUGACACGUCACAAGUUGACACCGCAGGACUCGAGUCGGCCAAUGAAGAGUCGUCUUUCGAGGGAGUUAUUAGGAGCCUCGUCGAAGCUAGCACGAGUUCUCGCGACUCGAUGGUCAAGCUCCUAGCAGCGGAUAAAUGGUUGCGAGGUUACCAAAUAGUACAUCGGCUGCUGCCACCAUUGCCGGAGAUCCAGCUGCCAUCAUUCUCCCAUCAAGGCGGACGCUCUCCUGAGUCCAAGGCAAGUGCGAACUUAUCUGAUGAACACCCAGUGGCAAUGUCCGACCCCCUUGAUGCGGUUCAUCUUCUGAAAGAUCGUCUAAAUCAGUGGAAAGGUACAGUCGAAUUGGUUAUAAAAGAUGCAGAGGAUAAAUGGUGGGUUCCGCCGCCCAACGCAGACGAGGCUACGCGGCAGCACGACCGUACCGUAGCGCUGUUUGGAGAGGCAGCUGCGUUCAUGGUGUGGAAGGAAUACACGGCAGCCCGCGAUAAAUUGAAGCUGGAUGAGGCGGCCUCGUCUGAGUCGGACCCUGCUAAGAAAGAGAGAUUGGAUCGUGCGAGCAAGCUGCUCAUGAACCUCCGAAACGCAGAAUUAAAAGCCAGCAACAAUUUGUUCACGACCUUUUGUGAGUCAUAUUACGAAACAGGAAGGGCCAAUGCUAAAAAUCCACACUCCCGGUGGGAUCCUCUUCCCAGUAACGACCAUGCGCCAGACAUACGAGCCGCCAUGGAGGCCACUGGCGUGGGGGCCUCUGGAGCUUCAGCGCCGACUCAGGAAACAGAGCCGGAAACGGCCGAAGCUCCCAAGACGCAGUAG